GCAGUGGCUCUUAGCGGGCGGUUGCUUGUUGGUUGUUGUAGUAACGGGGGAAGCAGCCUUCGGCGGCUGCGUUGAUUCGGGCUGGGGAAGGAGGAGGGAGGUGAAGCAGAGCGUGGUCCCCGCCUGCCGGCCCCGAGCCGUGAGAAGAUGAGACAGGAGUCUGUGCCAUCCAAAUUGUUUGAUCCAGUGAGACUGCAAGGAAGAAAGGUCUCUGAGGCCUCUGUGUGCUGACUGUAUGACAGACCCCAAAGGAGAUGCCAGUUGUGAUGGCCCGGGACCUGGAGGAGACAGCAUCGUCCUCAGAGGACGAGGACCUGGCCAACCAAGAGGAUCACCCAUGUAUUAUGUGGACUGGAGGCUGCAGGAGAAUUCCAGUUUUGGUUUUCCAUGCUGAGGCUAUUUUGACAAAGGACAACAAUAUUCGAGUAAUUGGAGAGCGUUAUCAUUUGUCUUAUAAGAUUGUGAGAACGGACAGUCGCCUGGUGCGAAGCAUUCUGACAGCCCAUGGAUUUCAUGAAGUUCACCCGAGCAGCACUGACUAUAAUUUGAUGUGGACAGGAUCCCACCUAAAACCGUUCUUACUUCGAACCCUCUCUGAAGCACAAAAGGUUAAUCAUUUCCCCAGGUCUUAUGAACUAACCCGCAAGGACCGACUGUACAAAAACAUCAUUCGGAUGCAGCACACUCAUGGAUUCAAAGCAUUCCACAUCCUCCCUCAGACCUUUCUCCUGCCAGCUGAGUAUGCAGAAUUCUGUAAUUCAUAUUCAAAGGACCGAGGACCUUGGAUAGUAAAACCAGUGGCCUCUUCUAGGGGGCGGGGCGUCUACUUGAUCAACAACCCAAACCAGAUCUCCCUGGAAGAGAACAUCUUGGUCUCCCGUUACAUUAACAACCCCCUGCUCAUAGAUGAUUUCAAGUUUGACGUGCGCCUCUAUGUGCUCGUGACUUCCUAUGAUCCCCUUGUCAUCUAUCUCUAUGAGGAAGGACUGGCUAGGUUUGCAACUGUGCGUUAUGAUCAAGGCUCCAAGAACAUCCGCAACCAGUUCAUGCACCUGACGAACUACAGCGUGAACAAGAAGAGUGGAGACUAUGUGAGUUGUGAUGACCCAGAAGUGGAGGAUUAUGGGAACAAGUGGAGCAUGAGUGCCAUGCUUAGGUACCUGAAACAAGAAGGCAAGGACACAACUGCAUUGAUGGCCCAUGUGGAAGACCUGAUCAUUAAGACAAUAAUCUCUGCUGAACUAGCUAUCGCCACUGCCUGUAAAACCUUUGUUCCACACCGCAGCAGUUGUUUUGAACUGUAUGGCUUUGAUGUGCUCAUAGAUAAUACUCUGAAGCCAUGGUUGUUGGAAGUGAAUCUCUCUCCUUCUUUGGCCUGUGAUGCUCCUCUGGAUCUAAAGAUUAAAGCCAGUAUGAUCUCAGACAUGUUCACUGUUGUAGGAUUUGUGUGCCAAGAUCCUGCCCAGCGGACAUCCAACCGGUCAAUUUAUCCCAGUUUUGAGUCUUCCAGGCGGAACCCUUUUCAGAAACCUCAGCGCACCCGUCCACUCUCUGCCAGUGAUGCAGAAAUGAAAAACCUUGUGGCCUCAGCCCGGGAGAAGGUACCGGGGAAGUUAGGCGGUUCUGUGCUUGGUCUGUCAAUGGAGGAGAUCAAAGUUCUCCGGAGGGUAAAGGAGGAGAAUGAUCGGAGAGGAGGGUUUAUUCGCAUAUUUCCUACAUCGGAGACAUGGGAAAUAUAUGGGUCCUACCUUGAACACAAAACCUCCAUGAACUACAUGCUGGCAACACGCCUAUUCCAGGACAGAGGAAACCCCAGAAGGAGCUUGCUGACAGGAAGAGCACGAGUGAGCACGGAAGGAGCACCAGAGCUAAAGGUGGAGAGCAUGAACUCCAAGGCCAAGCUGCAUGCCGCUCUCUAUGAGAGGAAGCUACUGUCUCUGGAGGUGCGAAAACGUAGACGACGGAGUGGCAGAUUGAGGGCAAUGAGGCCAAAAUACCCAGUGAUUGCCCAACCAGCUGAAAUGAAUAUUAAAACCGAGACAGAGAGUGAAGAGGAGGAAGAAGUUGGAUUAGACAAUGACGAUGAAGAGCAGGAAGCAUCCCAGGAGGAGUCUGCAGGGUCUCUUGGAGAAAAUCAAGCCAAGUACACACCUUCAUUGACUGUUAUAGUAGAAAAUUCGCCCAGAGACAAUGCAAUGAAAGUUGCCGAGUGGACUAAUAAAGGUGAACCGUGCUGCAAAAUCGAGGCUCAGGAGCCAGAGUCUAAAUUCAACCUGAUGCAGAUUCUCCAGGACAAUGGCAAUCUAAGCAAAGUACAGGCCCGGUUAGCAUUCUCUGCCUAUCUUCAGCAUGUGCAAAUCCGUCUGACAAAAGACAGUGGUGGUCAGACACUCAGUCCCAGCUGGGCUGCCAAAGAGGAUGAACAGAUGGAACUGGUGGUUCGUUUUCUCAAGCGAGCGUCAAGUAACCUCCAGCACUCGCUGAGGAUGGUAUUGCCUAGUCGGCGGUUGGCACUUCUGGAGCGCAGGAGAAUCCUUGCCCACCAGCUAGGAGACUUUAUCGGUGUGUACAACAAGGAAACAGAACAAAUGGCUGAAAAGAAAUCAAAGAAGAAACUUGAAGAAGAGGAAGAAGAUGGGGUGAACGCAGAAAGCUUUCAGGAGUUUAUUCGACAAGCAAGUGAGGCUGAACUGGAGGAGGUGUUGACUUUUUAUACCCAAAAAAACAAGUCUGCCAGUGUCUUCCUGGGGACUCACUCGAAAAGCUCUAAGAACAGCAGUAGUUACUCUGAUAGUGGGGCAAAAGGUGAUCACCCUGAGACCAUACAAGAAGUGAAAAUAAAGCAACCCAAACAGCAACAGGCAACAGAAAUCCACGCCGAUAAAUUAUCUCGAUUUACCACUUCAUCAGGAAAAGAGGCGAAACUAGUGUAUACCAAUUGCUCUUCUUUCUGCAGUCCUGCUGCUGUUCUUCUGCAGAGACUCCCCAGCUCCCAUCUGUCGUCCGUGAUCACAACCUCUGCCCUCUCGGCAGGCCCUGGCCACCAUGCUUCUCUAUCUCAAAUCCCUCCAGCUGUCCCCAGCCUGCCUCACCAGCCAGCACUGCUACUGAGCCCCGUUCCUGACAAUGCCCCUCCCUCCAUACACUCUGGAACCCAGAAUGUAAGCCCUGCGGGGCUGCCACGCUGUCGAUCCGGCAGCUACACCAUUGGCCCCUUUUCCUCUUUCCAAAGUGCCGCACAUAUCUAUAGCCAGAAACUGUCUCGUCCCUCCUCAGCAAAGGCAGCAGGGUCAUGUCAUCCACACAAGCAUCAUUCAGGAAUUGCCAAAACACAAAAAGAGGGUGAAGAUGUUUCAUUAAACAGGAGGUACAACCAAAGUCUGGUUACGGCUGAACUCCAGCGGCUCGCGGAGAAGCAGGCAGCCAGGCAGUAUUCUCCAGCCAGUCACAUCAGUCUCCUCACUCAGCAGGUGACAAACCUGAAUUUGGCCAGCAGUGUCAUAAACAGAAGCAGUGCAUCCACCCCCCCUACCCUUCGGCCUGUCAUCAGUCCUAGUGGCCCAACGUGGUCUAUACAGCCAGACCUCCACGCUUCUGAGACCCACUCCAGCCCCCCUGGAAGCAGGAGCCUCCAGACAGGUGGCUUUGCCUGGGAGGGCGAGGUAGAGAACAACGCAUACAGCAAGACUACAGGGGUGGUCCCCCAGCACAAGUACCACCCCACAGCAGGCAGCUACCAGCUCCACUUUGCUCUCCAGCAACUCGAGCAACAAAAACUUCAGUCCCGGCAACUUCUGGACCAGAGUCGAGCCCGGCACCAGGCAAUCUUUGGCAGCCAGACACUACCUAACUCCAGUUUAUGGACAAUGAAUAAUGGUCCAGGCUGCAGAAUUUCAAGUGCCACAACUGGUGGCCAGAAGCCAAACACCCUGCCACAAAAAGUAGUGGCACCUCCAAAUUCAUCCACCUUGGUCUCCAAGCCUGCAUCCAAUCACAAGCAAGUGCUCAGAAAGCCGGCAUCCCAGAGGGCUUCCAAGUCUCACCGGGCUCCUUUGUGUUUCAGAGGGUCCUCUGCAGAAGGGCAGCUGAACGGUCUCCAGAGCAGCCUUAACCCUGCAGCCUUCAUGCCCAUCACCAACUCCACAGGAUCUUUGGAAGCUCCCCAAGUUAUUUUCGCAAGAUCCAAACCCUUACCCACACAGUCUGGAGCCCUUGCUACAGUUAUAGGACAGAGAAAAUCAAAGUCGGUGAAGUCAGGGACAAUUUAAGUCCUCUCUGAAGCAGUCCUUGGCAAUGUAGAUCUGUCAGCAACACAGCCCUGAGAAAGCUCAUCUCUUCACCUGGAAUUCUGGAAAAAACACAGUCGUGCUGAGCUUUAGCUUGCCAUCUUCUGGGGAGACAUGCCAAUGAUACAUGGACAUGGGUCCAGAGUCAGGCAUGGUCUCAGAACCAGCCUCCCUUGAGCAGUACAGCUACGGGAAAGCGUCGCCAAGCAGGCCCACCAGCCUGGUGUCUGCAGAAACUAUCACUUUGGUUCAUGCUACCCUCUGCAGGGGGCUGCCUUCCUUGAACAGAGAAGUAGUUCACGUGGUGAGGAGGCCCAUUCCAGCAUCAGACUUGUGAACUGGUAGCGAGCAGAGAUCUCUGCAGCCACAGUUACUGAUGAGCAGCAGUACCUGCUGCAACAGACCCAGGUGCCUUACGUAAGCAGGUUGGAGAGACAGACAUGAUGGACUAAAGAAGAUGCACUGUGUUUGCAAAAUACUUAUAUAAUGCUGAGAAAAUACCAGCUGUCCUCUUCAAGGAGUUUGUGCAGAGGGUAUCAGGAGCAGAAGCCCAUCUAAGACCCCUCCCCCUGGCUGCCCUAGGCACAGUUAUAAUCAGACAGAGACAUUGCUGUUAUUUGUCUUCUUAGAGUCUAUUUUUACCAAUAUAAUAUAAGUAUAUACAUUAUAUUAACUGUAUUUUCUUUAUUCUCAGUGUUCUGGUAUUUGGGGUGCCUACAGACUAGGAAAGUGAUCACCUCCAUCAGUCCUAAAUAUAACUCCAACUUGUCCCAGAACAUGCCUUUUAUGUGCAGAUCAGCCAGUCCCAAGUUCAGAUCCCUAACAACCCUCUUUAUCAAACUCUACCACAGCAAUCCAAACUGUUUCUCCUGCCCAGUUAUUUCUAAACCACAUCCCAAGUAUCUAGUGAGUACCUCAGAGUUCCAAAGCCCGCUGGAAAUUAUUCAGAAUAGAUAAACCAUGUCCUUGAUAAGCCUUCUCUUUGCCCAGGACACCAGUGAAGGUGCUUGCCUAGACUAUGCUCUCACCCCCGCCUGUCUGCAGACUGAGGAGCGGCGGCAGCGGUGGUGGUGGUGGUGGUGGUGGUGGUGGUUUUUUCUGACCAGUGGUUGUGUUGUACGCUGUUACACCCCUCUCUGGGAUCUGUACAUAUAACCUGCUUCCUCCUCCCAUGAUGCUCCAUCUUCCUCAUAUAGCCACGCUGACAUCCCCAUACCAUGACCAACAUGAACACUCGGUAGGAAGAAUGUCAUUAGUUUGCAGCAGCAGCAGGAAUUGACAGAAAUUAUUCCUUGGGUUCCUAUCACCCAGCUCUAUGCCUGUGCUGCUGUCUUAACACUCCAUGAUAGGGCUCAUCACACAGUGGUACUGAAGCAGUGUACGUAACUAGCCUGAUCUGGAUGCAUCCUCUACUAGCCAGCCGACUGGCCUGGCAGCCAGCCAGUGGAGCGCCAUGCAUCCCUAUCAGGAGGCUGCUCAUGUUACAGUUAGUAGCUCUUUCUACAUAAGGAAAGUCAGGCUGAACCCCCUAUUGGAAGUUAGAGAGACCACCUGGCUUUCAAUUUAGGGAAGAUGGGAGGGGACAUGUAAGAGCCCGCCCAAAGGGGAUUGGCUUGCUUGAAAGAAAGCCAAGAAACUCAGUUUCUGAAAUGGAUUAAGAAAUAAUCUACUGAGAAAGAUAACAUCUGAAAAUUGAUACUGUCUCUUGCAGUGCUGGCCAGGUCCCAAGAGAAGAGUGAUGCUUCUUCAACUGUUGACAAUUAACCUUGUUAAAGAGACAAGGGAGUCGGUGGCCUCAGUCUCAGGCUCUAUUACUAAAGCACACAUUGCUCAUGGAAAAAAAAUGCCCGGCACCCUAUAUCAUUAGCCUUGUACCUACCGUUGCAUUUUGUAGCACCGCUGUGUGGUCCUGUGUAACCACCGUUUGGUUUGGGUGGGAGAAGAUCCAGAUCAUUCUUAGAGCCCUGAACUGGGCAAGUUACCAGUGAAAAGUGGCCUUUCCCUGUGAGUCUUUCUGCAGAUCACUCCCUGUUAGCAAUCCAGCCUCCAGGCUUGCAGCCAGUGAACCCACAUACCGUGCUACCAGUCUCAAUGGGAUGCUUGUUACAGCCACAUACCUCUGCUUUACCAACCUUGUGUCCUUAGGACAUAAUUGUUCCUAAAAGUUCUACAGAAGAAAAUGGCAUGUUAAGCCAUGCCUGUCUUUGGAAAAAGCAACCUUUACAGUUGUGCUUACCUGAUGUGCAGAGCUGGAGCUGGGUUCCAGGAGUGUAGGUGUUUAACUGCAGGGCUUGGGGAUGAUGGGGAGAUUGCCCUGUUGACAUGACUGGGGUUGAUACUUAUCCUUUGGUCUUUCCAGUUAGGUUAUAAAGAAAAGACUCGGGUUCCUCCAGGCCUCAGGGUAAAAAGCAUCACUAGGUAGAUAAAGCAAUCAUCACUUAGACUUGUGCUCCCACCUUCUGAGUGUGAGUAUUCUAGUACAUAGAAGGGCUCUCGGCUCUUAACCUGACCCGCUGAUACCACAGAGGAGCAGCUUGAAUGGACAAACUGUCCCUUUAGCUACACCAGUAAAACACAGCCUCUAAGCCUACCACAAAAUAGAGAUGUUAGUAGGAAAGCCAGCUUUUCUCGGGUGGCGAGAAAAGUCAGCUGGUGAUAAGUCUCUGUAAUUCUUGUAUUUAUUAGUCUCUUGUUAUUGAGUACAAGGUUUGCUUUUUUUUAAUUUCUCUACUGAAAUAUUUGAGAAGGUUUUUUUGUCCCCCUCCCCACUUCCUAUUCACUUGUAAUUUGCCAUGAAAAUGCAGAUAGAUGACAAGCCUAAAUGUAGAUAUUUUAAAUUUUGAUAAGUUUGUUUGUUUUCAUAAUUGAACUCAAAGCUGUAUUGGCUAAUGAACUAUUCAUAGUUUUUAACCAGGUAUCAUAAUAUGAAAUUUUCAUAACUGCUGCUCUUAGAAGGUUCUUUGCUUUAUAUCUGUUCAUCCUUCUUUCUACUAUGCAAAUAAUUAUUUCUCCUUUAUGCAUAGGGUCAGAGUUGUCCACAGUAGACUUUUAGUCAUUAAGAAGAGAGACACCCCAAGAUCUAGGGAAGUGGUCCAGUGGGUCAAGUGCUUUCUGUGGCAGCAUGAGGCCUGAAUUCCAAUCCUCAGAACCCACAUGACACAUAAAGCCAGGCAUAAGAGUGCAUGGCUGUAAUCACAGUGAUUCUACAGCAAGGUAGGAGGUAGAGACAGGGAACACUCGAGAAGCUCAGGGAGCUAGCAUGCCUGGUGUAUGCAUUAGCCCACAACAAAGAGAAUCUUUUUCAAGUGACUACAAGAUGCAGUUAACACACAUGAAUGCACACACAUCUUAUACAUACGCACAGCAUAUAGACAAAAAGGGAAAAGCCCCCAGUGUGCCUCUAAGAAGGUAAGUUACUAUAUAUAAACAUGGAGAGGGGACAGGCUUCUUAGGAACCAGAUUCAUGAAAAUGGCCACCUGUCUGAGCAGUGCAGCAGGGCUCUGUUAGCCCAUUCCUCUGACUCAACAUCUGUCGACUCCAGACACAAACCUCUGACUUCUCAGACCCUCUACAUAAGGAAGGGUAAAUAUGUGCACAUAUACAUAGCAAUAAGAAAGGCAAACAGGUACAAUAUAAAGGUUGAGAAGAGUCUUAUUUCUAAGAACAGCUGUCUAAAAAUUCCAUAUUAUAACAUCUGAUUAAAAACUACAAAUGUUAUUACCAAGUACAAUGUACAGGAUAUCAGCACUGGGGCACGCCUGGCCCACCUGGCAUUGAGCACCAUUUUGCAUCCACUCUUAAAAAAUACACAGUCAGAACUCUUCUCGUUCAUUCCUCAGCAGAUGCGCACUGGUGGCCAGAGAGCUCUCCCCAGUGACAGCAGACUUGCAGUCACUACCUGGCUGUGCUAGUGUAACAUGAGGUUAGCAGUCAGAGAUGCCGCUUUAAAGACACACAGCUUGGCAGCUUCUUUCAGAUGAGACUAAAACUAAGCAGAUAUAACAUAAACUUCACCUCUGCAUAAAGUCCCAAAACAUAAUGCAAAAUAUUAAUAAAAUAAAAAGCAUGACAUAUGAAGGGAAACCCAAGUCAAGACAUGAGAAAAUUCUUUUUUUUUUUUUUUUUAAUGAGAAGUCAGAUAAACUAUAGUUGAGGUAAAACUUGGUCCUGAGUGCUGUGUCAUCCAGAGCAGAAAGGAAAUGUACAACUCUGAGUUCUGUCCCCAGGAAAGGGCGCCAGCAGCAGAGCCUGACCCUGCGUGAGGCUCUGGAGUUUACUUUCCCAGCACUGCCCCCACCCCACCCCCAAAAUAAAAAAACAGGAGGGUGGAAAUCACGAUUUUCCAACAUCUUAUUCCAAAGUAACUAUUUAGCAUGCUUUAUGUAGAGUUCACUGAAUGAAGUAAUACUACUCCUAGCCAACUAGCCCAGAAUUGUGUUUCAUUUGGCAGCUUUCUGACAUGAUGUACAUACAGGAAAAAUAUUAUGGUGCAUGUCGGUAAAGAUGGCACCAUGACAGGACAAGGCCAGUAGUGAGCCCUUACAGUCCAUGGGUAGGACAAUGACUGCCCAGAAGACUGUAUAGACUGCAUGUGUCUUGGACCAUCCUAAAUAUAGCUUCUCUCGGGCACUUAUGUGCACUUAUGUGGGGGCUCAGAUACCCAGCUCUCCUCUCUGCAUGAAGAUGAUGCACCACGUGCUUGGGCAGCAGACAGCACGAGUGCUGGCUCCACAUCCUACAGCCUUUGUGCUCUGGUCCCAUAUUUGCACAAAAAGGUUCUGCCGUAUGGAUGCCAUGUCCUCCUUUUGGUGUUCUCUCUCUCUCUCUCUCCCUCCCUCCCUUCCCCCCUCCCCUCUCCCCUCCCCUCCCCUCCCCUCUCCUCUUCUCUUCCCUCCCCUCUCCUCUCCUCUCCCUUCCUUCCUUCUCCCCUCCAUCUCUCUCCAUGUCUGGCCUGAGCAACUUCCCUCCUGCCCAACCCUGUCCUGUUCCCACCCCUGAUCUGACUUGGUGUUUCUGGCUCUGCUCUGGCAGAGCUCUGAUUGCUGCCCCUGCCCUCGGCCUUCAGGUCCUCAACAGUUACUUGUUGUGUCCUUUCGAGUCUCUAGAAGGUAGGAAUCAGGUCCAGUCUGAAAUCCCAGCACAGUAUCAGCAUAGCAGAAGUUAGAGCGAUCCUCCGGAGGACACGAAUGGGUGGAUGCUGUACUUCUUCCUUGGUUUAUUUUGCUAAUGUUUGGAUGUCUGUGUACGUUUGUAAACCCUUCCCACCCUGAGGGACCCUGAGGGCUUUCUCCAGUAAGCCUUCUGUAUAAAAGUGCAUUUAUCUUGUCAGCUUUCAGGCCCUUGAGACCUAACAGUUUCUUAUCAAGUUUAACAGCUCUCAAUAUUUUGUCAUCUCUUAUCACUGCUCAGUUCUUUGUAUCUUCAGUAAGACCAGAAACUGAAAUUUGACUCCCAGUAUCACGGAUUCAAGAGAUCACCCAAAGUGCUUCAUUGCCUUGAAAUAUGAGAUCUGAAAUAAAUAAUAUAUAACCACAUACAUAAAUUUUCUUGUGGGAAAUAAUUUUAUUUUUCAGUCUUGAAGUGAAUUGAAUAAUCUCAGAAGACAAAAAUGUAAUGAAAAUUCAUAAAUAAUACAUUUCAUUAUUAAACAGUCUUCAAAAUUAGAUCUGCCAUCUCUUGUAGCACUGUAAAACUAUUUCAUAUAAAAUAACCUCUGAUGACUACUCUAGAUAAUGACCUCUGACCUACUUUCCUGACCUCACUACGAAACUCCUUGUUCUGAUGCUAUGAGGACCUUGACUGCAGGCCACACACAACAAGGAUCUUACUAUAGGGAGGCAAAGUCACAGUGAGGCUCAGUCUGUUUGAGAUACAUUGUCUCCUUCAAUGUGGUUUUUUCUUCUACACCCUUUAGAUCCCUUUCAAGGUUUUAUCACUUUACUAAGAUGAGAUUUUCUUCUGAACAUGAAAGGAGUAUGUGUAUGUAUGUACAUACAUGUAUGUACACAUAUAUAUGUAAAUAUAUGUACAUAUGUAUAUACACACAUACACACACACACACUUUUUUUAAAUUUUGAACUUUAUGCCAGGCAGUGGUAGUGCAUGGCUUUAAUCCCAGCACUUGAGAGGCAGAGGCAGGCAGAUUUCUGAGUUUGAGGCCAGCCUGAUCUACAGAGUGAGUCCCAGAGUAGCCAAGGCUACAGAGAAACCCUGUCUCAAAAAAAAACAAAAACAGUAAUAAUAAUAAUAAUAAUAAUAAUAAUAAAUUUUGAGCUUUGUAUGACUUUGUCAGGUGUCUUUCAGAUUAUAUACUACAUAUGCUUGUUCUUUGCGUCAGGGCUGUGACUAGUGUUGAGUCUCAAGUGAAAUGUAGCAGCAAGCAGAAAUAGAGCAAUGCAUUUUUUAUUUCUGUUGUAGUGGACUCAGGACAGAACCAAUGCUCUCCUGGCCUUUACCUUUUUCACUUUUCCUUAAAUUCAGCCCCGUGAGGCAUUAUUAUCAUUAUUACCGACACUGUCAGGAACUGUGUCUACAUUCUCAAAGAAUUCAGAAUACAAGAUAGAAAUGGCACGAUUCUGAAGUUAGGCCAGCCAGUUGGCAAUUUAGCCCAUCCAUUAACUUCUUUGAACCUCAGUUUUCUCCUCUAUAUAAUAAACAUAAGCAUAUUCAUCUUCAGGAUAGAUCAACCCAGUUUAAAAAGGGACAGAGAACUUGGACAGACAUUUCUCCCAAAGAAAGACUCCAGAUGGCUGGUAUGUGUGAGAAGACCUCCCUACUGCUCUCCUAAGUGACUCUGCCCACUACGCAACAGUUAGGCUAGCUACCGUUGCAUAAACAAGUGUAGACUGUGGCCACCGAGGACUAGAGAAGAAGAGAGUGGAGAGUUAGCGUGUAGUAGCACAGGUUAGUCUCACAAAAUGUGGCUGGGAUGCUUAUCAGGCUGAACUAUGAUUUAGAUUGUCAGCAUGGUAAGUUGUAUGCUCCGUGUAAUCUGUUAAAGUUUCCACUGUGAGUACAGACGCUGUGUUACAUGGGCAUGCUACAGAAAAGUGGGUGUUCACUAGCUCACUUUUGUAUCUGAGAAAAAUGGGGGUGGGGGGAGUCCAAGCCAUGCAAACAGUGGUGAGGCUGAAAUUCAGAUGCAGGCAGCUCAGCUCCAGAGGCUGCCUCUGAGCACUGGGCCCCUCAAGUAGCUCAGUUUUAUCAGCUUCCGUUCCUAGUGGAGCAGCUGGUGAGUGGCCUGGCUCUCCCUGUAGUCAGGCUAGCAUCACAAAAGGCUCGCUCUUCCCAUGAUUCCUGGCAGUAUGCAAACAUAUGUGGGUCGGGCCAUCUUGCUGUAGUCUACCUUUUAAAAGAAUUUAUGUAUAAAGGUAUUUUGCCACAGGAAUCAGAAGAGGGCAUUGGAUCCCCAGGCCUGGAGUUAAAAAUAGCUAAGCGCUCUGCAGGUGCUAGGAAUUGAACCCCGGCCCUCUGCAUGAGCAGCCCAUGCUCCUAACUGCUGAGCCACAUUUCACAACCUUUCUUUGCCCUUAUCUUGCACAUGUCAGCAUAUGGCAUUUGGGUCCCUGUUACCUGGAGGUUCCAGAAAUACUUGCAAGUCUCCAUCUUACAUCUUCCUGGCAGCGUUAGAAGGGGGAAAUGAGCCAUAGGUGGAAAAGCCCAACUGUAGGUGUUUGCUAAAUGAAAUAAUACCAUUUCCUUGGUACAUUAAAACAGUGAUACGCCACAUCAUGUCCUGAGCUGUAUGCAGGUCGCUCUUGAGUGUCCUGCAGCAGAGGAGUGGUUAGGCUAUUGAACCCCACAGACCUGAAUUCUGAGCUUUUUUUGCCACCUUAGAAAGUCUGUUCACCAAUGCCCUCAGGGUUGCUCACAGUAUGGCUGCAGUAAAAACUGAAAGAGCUUCUUAAGGACCCCUGCUGCAUUUGAAGAUGUGUUCUUGUGUUAAGGCUUCACUGAGAUUCUCCAGGGGAAAAAGUAGGAGUGGAGGAUGACCCAAAGCAGGCAUUUACUCAGGAGUGCUGCGCUGGAGUUAGUCAUGAAUACAGAUGCUAUGCAUUAGUAAGUGUGACGCAGGAUAAAUUAGUAAGAGAAUUAACUAUCCAGAAAUGGACCAGUGCACGAUGCCACUGACGACAAGCCAGACUACCAGAGCUGUAUCGUGGAGAAAGAAUGGUCUCAUCAACCAAUCACCCGACAACAGUGACUGGUCACCUCCAAAAGAAGAAAGUUAGCUCAUGCUGGGUAUAAAAAUUAACCCCAGGUUGUCAAAAUACAAGUACCAAAGAUAAAAUGCCUAGAACAUACAGGAGUAUGUUCUUUUGACUUUGACCAAGCAGCCGUUUUUUGGUUUUUUUUGUUUUGUUUUGUUUUUAAGACAGCCCCAUAGAGCACAGGAAACGAUGCAGUUAGAGCAGACCCCAUCCAAAAGCUUGAACUGUGUGCUUCAGAGGGCUCCACCCAGGAAAGGUGCAGAGCCCGACAGGGAGGCGGGGGAGACAUCACUGUGUAAGGGCAUGUGCUGCUCAAGCAUAAGGACCUAAGUUAGAUUCAGCACUGGGGAGGGGAGUGGCCAGAGACAGAAAGGUCACAGGGACCACAGGGUGCACACCACUCUGGCUCCGGGGUCAGUGAGAGACCAUGUCUCAGGGGAACAAGGUAGAGAGUGAGAGAGCACAAUAUCUCAUGUUGUCCUCUGGCCUCUGUGCACACAUGGGCCACACCAAAGUACACACAGAGAAAGGGUCAGAGUAGGAGAAAAAUAACUGCAGAUCAUAUAUACGGCAAGAGACUGUAUCCAGAAUAUAGUCACGAUUCUUAAAACUCAAUAAUAAAAGGACAGGCAAUUUUAGAAGUGAACUGAGGGUUUCAAAGACAUCCCUCUAAAGAACAUGUGCAAGUGGCCAAUAACCACCUAGAAGAGAUGUGUCGUUAGGAGAAUGCAGACCAAAGCCACUUCAUCCCCAGGAGGGUGGCUAUAAUCAGAGCUAGGUAAUAACAAGUGUGGGUGAAGACAGAGAGAAAUUGGGAUCUUUACACACUGCUGAUGAGACUGUAAAGUGGAGUUGCUGCUUUGGAAAGAGUUAGCAGUCCCCCAGAGUUAAAUAUGCAGUUACCAAUUAACCCAGCCACCCCAUAAGUGAUAGUUUAUUUGAGUGCGUGGAUGUAUGGUAGCGUUACUCAGAAGAACUAAUAUGUGAAAGCAAACUGAUGUCUACCAGAUGGUAAAGCAUGAAAGAUAGUACACACACAGCUAUGAGAAAAAUGAAAUGCUGAUAUCCACACAGUCUGGGCAUGCUUUGAAAGCAUGGAGUAAAGCCAUGUGUCACAACUCUAGUGAUGCAAAAUGUACAGGCUGGAUGUGGUGACACUUGCCCAAUAUCUUAACACUUGAGAGCUCCAGCAAGAGGAUACCCUGGUCUACAUAGACACGAACUCAAAUACAACAUGCAGAACAGAUAAUUCCAUAGAGACUAAAGAUACUAGUGGUUGCCCUGGGCUGGUUGGUGGAGGGAGAAUGGUGGUGACUUUCUGGAAUAAUGAAAACUUCCUAAGAUUCCAUUUUUGUGUGGUAGUCACACAACUCUGUGUAAUAAAAACUCUUAAAAGUAUAUACUCUUAAGUGGAUAGAUUUUAUUCAGAUGUGGCAUAUAUCCAGACAUGGUAGCAAACACCUGUAAACUCCAGCAGAGAAACAGGGAAUUAGAGGUCAUCCUUCACUGCUCUGAGGUUGAAGUCAUCUUGGGCAACCUGAGAGAGGCCUGUCCAGAAACAAACAAAACAGAAUGCAAAGAAGAUGAGACUGUGACAUCUAUCAACAUUUAACAUUUUAAAAAUUAAGAAGAGAGCAAACUGGGUGUGACUCACACCUAUCAUCUCAGCACUUGGGAGUAUAAGACAGGAGGAUUGCCAUGAGUUUGAGACCAGCCUGAGCUUCAUAGUAAAUUCCAGGCCAGCCUGACCUACAUUCUUUUAAAACAGAACAAAAGGCUUUGGUGUCAGCAGUAAAACUAUUACUUCUUCCUCCCCUCACCACCCCCACCCCCCACUCUAUAACAAAAGCUUAUUUAGAGCUGGGGCUAUGGCUAUGAGGUUAAGAGCAUGUCCUGCUCUGCAGAGGACAGUUUCAAACACCUCCAUUAGAGAGUCUGUAGCUCCAGCUCCUUGGGGAGCUGGUGCCUCUGGCCAACUUGGGCACCAGCACAUUUAUACAUAGUUAAAAGAGAGAAAAUUGUAUCUUUAAUUUUUAUAAGCCUAUCUUUUUUUAUAUGCCUGCAUACCAGAAGAGGGCGUCAGAUCUCAUUACAGAUGGUUAUGAGCCACCAUGUGGUUGCUGGGAAUUGAACUCAUGACCUCUGGAAGAGCAGUCAGUGCUAACCACUGAGUCAUCUCUCCAGCCCUUAAAAAAUAAAUCUAAAAAAACAAUUUCCAAUAGGAAUGUAAAGGUUUGAAAAUACCUAUUUAGUGUCCUGUUGAUGAAACACAAUGCUGGUUUAUCCAGCAGUAUUUGUCCACUUUAUUUUAGGUGUGUGGUGAGAAGUUUCAGGAAAGGCUUGGGGCCCAUGGUGCCCACAGUGGUUCCCCAUUGCCAAGCGAGCUACUGUGUGGUGCAUGGCAGCUGUUACUAGGCCUGCCUGGCCUCACAUGCAUGUCCCUGUUUGGAAAGGUGACAGGCUUCAGGGGACUUGUAUGGCUUUAGUCCACCCAGAGCUCAGGGGACCUUGACUACAGUUUCAGGGCCUUAAGCUUCACCUCAUGCUCCAAAUCCGUGAGGGAGCAGCUGAGAAUGGGGCUGGCUGGCCCACACUUGCUUCCCUGCCCUCACUAAUCCCUCCCCUGCUGCUCCCAGCCACCCCUCCCUCCACACAGCCCUGCUGCCUGGCCACAGAGACCGCGUGGCUGAACAAGUGCUUUGGUCUUUGAAGGAUGACCCUUAGAGAUACCUUGAGUGACCCAGCGCUGGCCAGGGUGUUCCUGGUACUUUUCUUCUGUGGAGCACCAGACAUUUUUCUUGGCUAACCCUCUGCAAUCAUGCCUGGUCUGAAAAAGUGGGGGCCUGCUGCUGACUCCCCCAGGGAUUCUGAACUUAAACCCAUGUCUUUAGGGAACUCUGCAUUUCCACGUGAACCAAAGACGCCAUGAGCUUCUGUCAGCUUGGUUCAUAUCAGUGAGCAUCUGUUCUAACACAUGAGUUCCGAGGCACAUGCAGCUGUGAUAGAUGGAGAAAAUACACACACAUACAUGAAUGCUUGCUUACACACGUGUACUCUGUAUGUUUCUGCUCUACUGGUAGUGUCAUUACCUGGCCAGGAUGUUAGUUUUCCUUAACUCAUCUGUCACUCUUUCACAAACCUUGGGUCUUACAAAGACAGAAUCUCUUAACCAUUCGUCUAAUGCUUUCUCUGCUUGUGGCCUCUCCAAGAGGGCACUUGCAAUUAAACUAAUUCUGAUUUCUCCCUAUCCACAGAUGAGCUCUCAGGAUUCUAAAUCACAUUUACAAGCAACUGCUUUCUCGUAGCCCAGGGCAGGAACACAGCUGUGUCCCUGUAAAGGAGGUCUGGAGCCUGCCACGUGUCCGCACUCUGAAGUUGUCAGGUGGAGGAAAGGGCAGACAGCCUCUCUGAGCAGUGCCGGCUCUCCCUUAGUUCUGUAGGGAGGAGGGAGGAACAGGAAAAGGCCUGUGCCCUGGUCAUGGGAGUCUCGAAAGCAGCAAAACCUGGUGUGCCUAAUGAAGGAAGACUAGGUUAACCCCGCUUUCAUUUCCCUGCCUGAAAGAGCAGGGCAGGAAUGGGCUGUGAAGUAUUCGGUUUCACAUCUGUUCCAGGAAUUAGCUCUCAUAAAUCCACUUUUCUUUUAAGCAUCCCUGGAGCUCCUCCCUCACCCGCCUCCCUCCCUGUUGACUCCCACCCAGCCUAGACAGCUGAAGGGCUCCCAGAGAGAUCACCCCAUUGAUCUUUGUCAUUGCUACCAGAAGAGAGAAUCUCCGAGUGUCAGAAAGCAGAAUGUCUGAGGGUCUGUAUGUAGCUCUGCUCUCCACAGGUUUAGCAUAGAACUCGAGGUGUAUGCCAGAGUGUGAGUGUGCUGAAGAGAAGGCGGGGUUUCGAAGGGGAAGAGUGCUUCUCACCUCAGCUUGCCAUUUGUGUGAGCUUGGGCAGGUCACCCACCCAUGUUUCCCAAAGUGUAUUCAAACUAUACAGGCUUCCACCUCCAGCUGCUCUGAGGAAUGCUGCCUUCAGGAGCCAGUUCUGAAAGCUCAUUCUAAAGACUCUGAAGAGCCUGUCCUCCAAGAGCCUUUAAAGCAGGGUCUCAGACCUGUUUGACCCCUACAAUGCUGCAUAAUCUCCUGACAGUUUGAAAGGUGGGGUUACAUUUCUCCAGUCUGCAGUCCUCGGGUGAAGUGCUUGCUGUAUCCAGCUUAACUUUCUGACUUCCAUAUCUCAUCAAGGAAAAAAAAAAAACGAAUAGAAAAAUAAGUUUCCUACAUGGCAAGGAGUGUUAAAAACCAACACAGAUUAUAGGUAGAAUUAGGGGCAAGUGCCAGGUAUGGUGGCCACACUUUUAAUCUCAGUGCUCAGGAAACAGAAGCAGGCGAAUCUCAGACUUGGAGGUCAAUCUGGUCUACACAGUAUGUUUAUGCCAGCCCAGAGCUGUAGUGUUCAGACUCUGUCUCAAGAAACAACAACAACAGAAGUUCUGGGAUCUGAGACUUCUGCUCUUUCUCACCUGUCAGGUUUAUUGUUCUCAUGUGGCUUAGGGAUAUGUGGCUCUGUUAAUUGUGGGGAUUAAUUAUGCCUACCCCAGAGCUCCAGUGAAGUCAGUGCCCAGUACUCACAUGCUCACCCCAAAAUUUGGCACACAUAGGAAAUAAUAUAAUGACUAAAUCCAAAGGUCCCUAACUUACAAGAAGUGCAUAUAAGAAAAACUUAAAUUGCCAUUUUAUAAGACAAAGAAUAGUUGUAGAUUCACCCUAAAUUAGUAUUCAUGUUACUUAUUUAAAUUUCUGCUGAAAAAUAUGUUGAACAAGAAAUUAAGGAGCAACUGGCUGAGGACCUGCAUGGGAAAUUUAUGAGGGGGAAAUAGAGACAGGCAAAGGUCCUUUUGCCUUGAGAAAUGGCUAUUUUUUUUAUUUGAUAAUUUUAUACAUGUAUAUAAUGUAUUUUGGUCAUAUUCACAGUUCUUCCUCCCCGAUACCCAUCCCCCCUUCUUGUCAAAUUUCCCGUGUGUGUGUGUGUGUGUGUGUGUGUGUGUGUGUGCGUGUGUGCAUGCAUGCGCGCACGCACACAAGGACCCCUGCUGUUGGUAGCUAUUAAGACAUGUUUAAGUGUCUUCAGUGGUAUUGAGUUUUGAGUUUAAUAAUGUGAAACACACACCCUCAUCUGUCUGUUUCUUCUAGUCUCUUCUUACAGAGCUCCUCUUCUGGGGCUGACUUCUCAUUCUCCAGGAAUCCUCUCCCUCACUUUUAGCUGACUCCGGGUACUACAGUUUCAAAUGGAGACGUCUAGCCACAGCAGCUGACACACUUGGCAUCACAGGUCAGCAUAGACAGCAGAGUUUGGGAGGCCUUGUUCUCACUGGGCAUGUCCUGGGCAGCGCAACGCCCUCAGGCCACUCUUCUGUGUAGGUUCACAUAUCCUAGACACUUUGGGACACCCCUCCUGUUAACUGCACGGGCUUCCCAAGCAUGACCCACCCCACAGGGAACUUGUGACUCUCUUAGACCCUCCCUAGCCAUCUUCCUCAGAGACAAAUCCAAUGACUGAGUCUCUUUUGCCCCUUCCCUCCCAUGUAUCCAUCCAGCUGGUUCUCGGUUGUUAGAUUUGUCCUUUAAAUCCCUCUCGUGUGUCGAAUACAGUUUCAUUCCUAUCUCAUGCCCUAACUGUGAUGUGUCCUGUUUUCUUUCACCUAGUGUUUUUCCAUAUUGAUCUUAUCACCCACAGUCUCUUCUGUGUUCUUAAAAUAGCUUUAUUUAGUAGUAGUUGUCUAUUUUGAGACAGGAUCUCACCCUAACUGGCCUCAAACUCAAAGAAAUUCACUGCUUCCCAAGUACUGGUAUUAAAGACGUGUGCCCCUUCACUAUGCCCAGCAUAAAAUGAUUUCCUGAGGGCUGGAGCAGUGGGUCAGCCAGUACGUGCCAGCCAUAUAAACAUGAGGACUUGAGUUCCACUCUCCAGAGCCAGGAAAAAAGCCAGGUACAAUGACUCAGAGACAGAUUCGUAGAGCUCAGAGGCCAGUCAGCCAAGCCUGUUCCCAGCACCACCGAUAGCCACAUUUAACUCCAGCUCCAGGGAAAUCCCAUGUCUCUGCCCUCCAGGGGUACAUGUGUGUGUGUGUGUGUGUGCGUGCGUGUGUGUGUGUGUGUGUGUGUGUGUGUGUGUGUGUGUGUGUGUGCGCGCGCGCAAUUUAAAAUGAUAGCGCUUUUAAGACAAAAGGAAAACCGAAGUAAACUGCUGACUGAGGAGGACACUGAGCCUGACCUCUGGUCUCCAGGCAUAGGAGCACUCACAUGAUCUUACAUAUAUAUGAAUAAAUUUACAUGCACAUACAUUUUAAAAGUCUUUUAAGAACAAUUGUUUCCCCACUAAGCAGCCUUCAGAAGCACUCAGGAGACAGAUUCAGUAGGAUUGCUUUGAGUUCAGGGCUACGUGGCUUAAUUCCAGGCCAGUCUGAGAAGAUCCUGUUUAAUAUUUUAUUAGAUUUGUUUACAUGUUGUGAAUAUUUUGCCUGCACGUAUGUAUAUGCCCCACAUUCAUGUCUAGUAUCUGGGGAGAUCCUAAGGAGGAGUCCAGUCCCCUGAAACUAGAGAUAUUAUGAGCUGCCAUGUGGGUUCAGGGAAUUGAACCCAGGUCCUCUGCCAGAGCAACAAGAGCUCGUAAUCAGGGAAGCAUCUCUGGAGCCCUGUGAGACCCUGAAAUGUGGAAAUGAAGAAGGAGGUAGCCUGGCCCAGCACAUAAAGAUGUCUGUCUCCAAGCGUGCAGGCUGUCUUCAGUCUCUGGGCCCACGUGGUAAAAGGAGAGAGCUGACUUGAUACCUUGGCUUUCGACCUCCACACCCCUGACACCUAAAUUAACUAAUUAAUAAGGUAAUAAAUUAUUAAUAAUACAAACAAAUGAAUCAUUUCUUGGGCAGGAUAUGGUGGCUCAUGCCUUUGAUCCUAGUACUUGGGAGUCAGAGGCUGGCAGGUCUGAGUUCAGGCUGUCCUGAUCUACACAUACAGAGAAUUCUAGGCCAGCCAGGGCAAUACAGUAAGACCCUGUCUCAAAACAAAACAAAACAAAACAAACCCAGUACAAAGUUGUGGAGCCUGCAUGAUGGUGCUCCCAGCAUUCAGAAAUUUAAAACCAGCCUGGACUACACAGUGAGCGAAUCACUGUAUGCAAACCCGCAGUUUGCCAUAUAGAUGCAUGGCCAAGCAUUGGCCUAGCAGGCAGAAGGCCCUGCUGGAGUAAGUGGAUACAAGCCUGCGCUGGGUUACUGCUGCUGCUGCUCACUGCUGGCCCAGCACACCCCCUCUUUCCAGCCAUUGUGGACUACUUGCCUGCUGCUGUGCACGGAGGCUUCUCUUAGGCUUCUCUUUCCAGAAACCCAGCUCUCACCCAGCUCUUCCACCAGCCUCAAGCUUCCUCUGAUUAUGCCAUUCAUCCAUUACACACAUCAUCCUAUGAGUGUGGUGGGUGCUUAGGAAGUGAGCAUGAGAUGAUGAGGGCCAUCUCCACCCUCCUAAGGGGAAGCACAAAUGCCAUCCACUUUUGUAAUCGUGUAUUCACUGAGGUGCUAAGGCUGCACUUAUUUUACCCAGAAUUUUCUGUGAAAAUGUACCAGAUAUGUAGUGGAAUACUAAUAAUCUGAAGCUCAGAGCUGGUUUGGUGGUGCACACCUUUAAUUCCAGCACUCAGGAGGCAGAGGCAGGAGGAUUUCUGAUUCCAACGCCAUCCUGGGCUACACAUAAAAACCCUGUCUCAAAAAAACAAACAAAUUAUUUUUAAUCAUAAUUUUAAGAAAGAAAAAUGCAAAUAGAAAACAUGUGAGACAGUUGAGUAGAAAGUGUAUUCUGCCCCUUUGUUUGCCACAUAUUAGCCGUGUUGUCUACACAAACAGCUGGUCUUUCUGGACUAAGUUUGGCAUAGGACGUUAGAAACACUAACUGGGCUGGAGAGAUGGCUCAAUGGUUAAGAGCACUGAUUGCUCUUCUGAAGGUCCUGAGUUCAAAUCCCAGCAACCACAUGAAUUGAGUUGUGAUCCCUUUUCUGGGGUGUCUGAAGACAGCUACAGUUUACUUACAUAUAAUAAAUAAAUAGGUCUUUAAAAAAAAAGAACACACUGUGACUUAGAAAUAUUUAUAUUUAUCUGUUAUAUACUAGAUACUUUGCUGUGCACCUGAAUUAAAACAGCUGCCAUGUCUUUUUCAAAGGGCUGCUGUGGAGGCCAGAUGAGAUAGUGCAAAGGAAUGCAUACAUCUGCUAGCUUUCUGCUUUUGCUUUUUAUUAUCAAGUGACACCUCAAACAGUCUUAAUCCUCAAAGGGCAAAUACACAUACACACACACACACACACACAAAAAUAUGUUGCUGGUUUUAUUUGUAGUAAAGUUUGCAAGGAAGAGGUAUUUGCACCCUACUUCACAGAGAACUCUCCAGCCAUACUAUUCUUGGCAUAAAUAUUCAGUUAACACAAGUUUUCCUUUGUUGGUAGGUAUUGUGUAACAAAUUUUAUCCCCAAACUUAGGGCUUUACAAGCCUUUCUUACCUCAUGGUUUCUGUGGCUGGGGCUUCCUGAUGCAGUGGCCAUCUUUGGUUAAGGUUUCUCACGCAGGUGCAGUCAAGCUGGCAGCCAGGGACUCUGAGCUCAGUUUCCAAGCUCUCACUCUUGUGGGUGCUGGCUAGCCUCCAUGUGGACCUCGCCGCAAACUGUCUGUCUGUCUGUCUGUCUGUGUGCACUUGGUCAGGUUGGGCCUUUCUGAAUCUUAGCUGUAGAAGCUCACCCUUCCCCAAGAUCCUCAGUGGCUGCCCCUGGAGGCAUAGCGUGGUUAAGUGAAAAGGAAGAUGUCCCACCAGACCCUCUUCCCUUCUGACCCC